AUGGAUGUGGAAGGAAGAACAGACAAUGCCAAUGAUAACUCUCUCACUCUCAACAUCGAACAUGAUCAAGAAAAGGAUAUCCCAAAUGAUAGUUAUGACCUUUCUACUGCCCAUACUAUUGACCGAGAUUCAUGGCAACAAGUGGGAUUGAUGUUGGUGACGGGGUUCAACUGCGGUUGGAUAUUCAGUUUCUCGAACCUGAUUAUGGUUCCACUUGGUUGGACUUGGGGUGUUGUAUUGCUUUUUGCUGUUGGAUUAUACACAGCUUAUGCUAAUUGGCUCUUAGCAGCAUUUCAUUUCAUUGAUGAACGUAGAUUCAUCAGAUACAGAGAUCUCAUGGGAUUUGUUUAUGGAGCUUAUUUGUUCUACUUUUUCUACUCUUCAAUGGUGUUUGUGUCAGCCCCUGCUUCGGUACCCAUGGACAAGUAG